AUGCUGAACGAGAAGUGCCGAACGAGUGAAAACAACAACCUCAAAGCCAAAGCCCGAAGAGCAAACAAGGGUAACAAUCUGCAUACUGCAGUAAGGGAUCGCACCACGGCGAGAUAUCGGCCAAAAGAGAGGACCAAUAAGAGAACGGGGAAUAACAAACCCAAAGGAAGAGAUAAUAUUAAUCUCGGAUUCCACAAUUCCAGAGCCACAAACUCAAAAUUCCGAAACUCCAGAGAAGAAGCGUCGGAAAAUGAGAAGCAAGGGCAUACCUGGAGGGACUGGAGAGGAGGGGCGACGAGGGAGAGAGAGGCUGUCGAACUCGUAGUCGACGGAACCGGUGAGAUGGUAGUGGUAGCGGAGAGGUCGGAGGCUAAUACAAGAGCCGGGAAUAACCCGGACAAGGAGUUGCCUCCUCCAGCACAAAGACACCAAGAAGCCAACAGCAAGUCCUCGGAGGAUACAAGGGAGGGGAACCAAAGCCCUAGAUCCAGACAACGAAGGAGCGUACUCGGCGGGUAG